AUGGGUGGCGGAGAAAAAGUCAAGAUCCGGAACAUCCACGAGUACAUCCAGAAACUGCCCCAAGUCACACAAGAUCGACUGUACACCCACCCAGCAACAUGUCUAGCUCUCUUCAGAUCUCUCUCUGAAACUGCUCAGCAGUAUGUCAUGCGGCUUCUCUUCUUGUCCCAACCCUUUGCGCUGGACGCGCUAACUUCAUGGGUUGUUAAUGUUAGAGAUAAAGCCAACCUGGACGCUACAAAACAGCUGAAAUCAGUGAGGCUGUGGAGUGUGGUUAAGUUAGAUAACGGUAACGAUGGUGUGACUUUACAUCCUAAUUUUAGAAAAGGACUAACAACCGCUAUGUGUGGGGGCGGGAUGUCCUGGUAUGGUAACCAUCAGUUGGAGCCUGACAAGAAACCCAAAACUGUUGAAUUCUUAGACUUGUACGCUAAGGAACGUUGGGAAUGUCUGUUGCAGUACAUGGUCCAAGGUAACUCUGAUUCAGAUAAAGUGAGUCCAGACAUAGCUAACUUGUUGCUACAGUCCGGUAUGAUUAACAAAAGUGGAAAUGAACAUGCCAUCACCAGUGUAGGAUUCCAGUUUCUCCUCCUCGACGCUCCCUCUCAGAUAUGGUACUUCAUGCUCAAAUACCUUGACAAGUGUGACACAAUCGACCUCAACCUCACCACAUGCCUAGCCUUUAUAUUCCAACUCAGUUUCUCAACCCUGGGUAAAGCUUACCCGAUAGGAUCUCACGCUACAUUCGUUCAACAUCUGAGACAGAUUGGUUUAGUGUAUCAACGUAAACACACCUCACCCUGGUUUUACCCUACUCGACAUGCUAUAGACUUCCUCUCUGCUGGUUCUAACAAGUCAGCUGAAAGGAAGGAAGGGUUCAUCGUGGUGGAAACUAAUUUCCGGGUAUACGCCUACACUUCAAAUGAACUCGACAUUGCUCUUGUGGCCCUGUUUGCAGAAACCCUGCAUCGGUUCGAGAGUUUUGUAGUCGGUCAAAUGACUCGAGAGAGCGUACAGUUGGCUCUACAAAACGGUAUCAGUGCAAAGCAAAUAUUAGACUUCCUGGAAUCACAUGCUCAUCCCCAAAUGUUGAAAAACAAGCCGGUGAUAGGUCCAACUGUUACAGACCAGAUGUAUUUAUGGGAAAUGGAACGUUCUAGGCUGGCCACAGAGGAGGGGGUCUUGUACUCCCAGUUUUUGAGUGAUGCUGAUUUUAAGGUGGUACAUGAGUAUGCUCAGAACAUUGGGUCAGUUCAGUGGUCUAAUGUUCAAAAGAGAUUGUUGGUGGUCAAUAAGAAGGGCCAUGGUGAUGUUAAGAAGUAUUGGAAAGCGUAUAAAAAGGAACACGGCGAAUGUUAAAUCUUAUUAACGGAGGGUACUGACUACUAGCUUAUCAUUUUGAUACAAAAUUGAUUUGAAAUUUUUAUUUGUUUUAAAUUCAA